CCGGACGGAUCCACUGGCGCAUGGCUGACAGCCAAAUUAUGCAUGAUGUCGGUGACAACUCAUAAAUUUGUGCUGAAGGCAGAUUCAUUCCUCAGUAAGCCGUAGUUACUUUUGAAAAAAAAAGAGAAUUGCACUGGGCAAGUAGCUGGCAUCCCUCAUAUUCGCCAAUAAUAGUGACACCCGGGCUGCCGGAAUCUUGCUAGAAAUCCUGGAAAAUAUCUUCAAAUUCCAGCAUGCCCCAGAUGCCACUGGAUUCGAAUUAAGUCGUGGUUUUGUGGAGGGCGGCGGAUGGCAAAAGGCGUUAAGGCUGUCAGGCAAACGGGCGGCGACUGUUAUUAGAAAGAAUACAGCCUGUAACUAAUAAUAUGAGAGCUUGUCCAGUUGUCAUCCCCGUUCGCCGCGCCGUAUUCGGUGUCGGCUCGCCAUCGAAGUUCAUCCUCCGAUCAUCCAUCGUACUCGGCUAGUUUAGACUCCGCCCUCGACCUAAAAGCCUUGUCUCUCUCUAAUAUUCCGCCGCCUGCCUUUUUUUUGGUCUCAUGGCGGAGGCUGGGCAGUGGGCAGGAUUAUUAUAUAUAUCACCGCUUGUUUAGGUUAUAAUUAAAACUGUGUGUAAGUAGGUUGACAAUAUUCCCAUAUUCCUUGAUUUCCCUUCUUAACUUCUUUCUCUUGUCAUGUUUUAUUAUUAUUAGCAAAAAAGGAUCUCCUUUUCUCAACUAGAUCAGUGUUCCAAAUUCUCCGCCUGCAAGCUCUAAAGACUAGAUAAGAGCUCCUUCGAAGUUAAUAUUAAUCCCCCACGAAGCCCAUAAGGUACUUUUUUUGCUCGUAUGGCGGCGCGGGGCACCCACAGCUUGUCCCGCCUUACACAAGAACAAUUAGCUACCUUCGCACUGAUCCGAGCGUAGCCAACGUUACAGAGCAUAGGCCUAUACCUGCGUGUUCAAAAGCACUCUACGGAGUAGAGUUUUGCAAGAAAGGCCUGAGAAGGAAGAGGCUGAUAUACGGCUAACCACCGCCCAGUGGCCAGGGCUGACAACUCGAAGGGUCUCCUGGUCUUAAAAGCGAUCCUCGUUUGUUAGAGGAUUCAGGAUUGAGCUACUGUCAAUUUCUCCCACAUUUGUUGUUGGAUUUGUUGCUGGGUAAUUUUUCGCAUCCAACUACCACAGCACUUUUCCUGUGUAUCAUUGAUUGUCAGGUGGAGGAUAUAUACCAGCCCCGUGAAACCUCGGGAAACAUCGUGGCCGUCCAGCAAGCCCUCCCGUUCCACACGGGAUCCUGAAAUAUCCGGGGCUUCAAAGAAAUUUGCUACCGUCAAACUUGCUUGGAAAAUUAAAUCAGCCAGUUCGAUGGCCCCCUGGUAGGGGUCAUCAUUGCUCCCUUAUUUCAUUUUGAGUCAUGUUUGUCAAUCUAGACUCGACAGCAGACGCGACGGCGGCCCAUACGCACGAGUUUUCGAACCAGGAGAACUCUCCACCGACCGCCUCUCUUCUUUCGCGAUCUGCUGCUGGGAUUUUUCCGUUGGGCUUUGUGUCGUCUACCAAGAACCGCUGGAAUUCUGGAGUUCCGCAGCCAGUGAUGAUCCAAACAUCGACCACUACGUCGCCGCUUACAACACCUCGUUUAUCGAUUGAUGAAGACUAUGUUCCAGCAGAUCCCACUAACAUUGGUCUGCAUAGUCGAGCGCGGGAGGCUUCAGCUAUAGAUACGAAAAAGCAGCUGCAGCACCGGACAAAGUCGUCCUUUAGCUUCGCGCAUCCACCACCUAGCACCCGUCGCAAACGUCUAGGACUCCGGCCCAAAUUGCUACUUCAGCUGCACAGAGUAUCGCACAUAUCCCGACCUAUACCUACUAUUGAUGUUCUAUCAUCUACCAUUUGUUCCGGACCUAGAAAAUUCCCAUGCAGAUAUAGGGGAAAGGACAGCCCGUCUGCGAACGACCUCCUACUCGUAACCAGCGACGCUUAUGAGCAGGCUGGUGCUGAGGAUGAUAGGAGUGUUUCCUCCGAUGACGAUCCGCAGAAUGACAGAGACGUGGUUGCGACAGUAUGUCACCAUCGCAAAGACAGUGGGAAAGCGGGCGCGAUGGCAGAAAUAUCUCUACAGCAGGGGAGCCGUUGGGAGGUUUCCCAUCUUCCCUCUGGCGGUUAUGAGUUUACAGGGACUACGGAGAGUGGAGAGCAAAGAUGUGCCCGUUGGGUAUUACGGGGAAAGGCGGGAAGUCGUCGGGUUUCUGGAUCCAGCAAUGGUGCGGACAACACUUUCGACGAUGGCAAGCGGUUUACAUUCAGUAUAAUCGACCCCAACACCCGUCGACACCCAGUUUUAGCGUGGAUGUCCCGCCAGGGAAUUGAUAUUCUUGAUAAAUACCCUCUCUUUUCCGCUCAAACUCAAAGGUCAUCGUCCCCAGCCUCUCCCAAAGGCCCACACUUAGCCGCCGCAACCACUCCACCGCAGACCAACGAUUAUAGUGAUCCGCCUUUAAUUGAAACCGAUGAUCACCUCCGUACGCUCAUUGUCGUCAGUGGAGUUUGGGUUGCAUUCCGAGAAGGGUGGCCUCAGACUCCCCUUUACGCAGACGUACUCCCUACAACACCGACGACUGCCGGUCCUAGAACUUCUAUUUCUUCCUCUUCACAACAACAGCAGCAGCAACAACAACAACAACGGUCACAAUUAGCACAAAAUUCGAGAAACGAUACAGAGAAAGUAGGUACAGUAGAUGACAGCACGAGGAGUAAAAGCUUCCCGUUCACCGGGGGCCGACUACUACUGGGAGGCCCAGGUCUGAUCCACCGCGCAAAGACAUUAAACGAAAAUUCAAAGAAAUCCGCCUCUCCCCGACGAACAGUACCUCAGAGGAAGGAAAAUAGACUAGUCGAUGACGUGAAAGAUGUCCCCAGCCAUGAUACGCAAAGCCCCUUGCAUGCCGAAAGCUUGACAAUUGCCAAGCAAACGCAAAAGAGGCGGGGGUCCAGGCGCAGAUCCAGAGGUGACCGUGGACAAUAUCUAAGCCCAGAAAAUAGCCUUCCGCCUCCUCGGUACUCCUAUGGGGAAGAUAGCCAGAACGAUGCUUUGUCGAGUGCAGCCACUGUUUACAUCGGGCAGGGUAAACCGGAGCAGCAGUCAAAAGGCAAGCGGUGGCGUAGAUUAAGCAAUUUGCUUGGUAUGAAGGGACCGGCGGCGACUUGAGUUUCCAAGGCGAAUUUUCUGUCCCUAUUUUGUAUUCUGUAUUUCAAUGUAUUUUCCGUAAACUCAUCAUGGCUUGUCGAGCGGUCUUUUUUUUCCCUUCUUUUUUUCUAUUUGGGAGGGAUCAAUGACAUUAGCGUAGGGGAUCUCAUAUCCGUUGUUUUAGUAUUUUAUCGUCAUAUAUUUUAAAUUCUAAACUUUUCUAUCCAUAUCUAACCGCAAAUGAUCCGUACAUUGG